GCUGCUUGAUCUGACUUUUUAUCAGAGCUGGGAACGGUAAACCCUAAAAAUUCCCUAAAACCCUAAUCCAUACCUCAGAAACCCUAAUCAACAGUUCCAAGAAUCAGAAGCCAAUUGUGGAGAAGAAGCGGAAAUGGGGAAAUUGCCACCGUCAAUGAGAUCAUCGGCCAGCUUCGCAUUAACCAAUCUGUUGAAAACCCCAGCUUCUUCCCAAAAGCCCCAAGUAAUCCCGCAAUCCUCAAAGAAGAAGCCCCAAGUGAUCCACAAAUUCCCCAAGAAAAACCCUCAAUCGAGUUCUCAAUCCCCACUCGUCACCUUUACAUCCCCUAGUCUCUCGGAAGCCAAAACCCUAUUCACCUCUCUCAUUUCCGAUCCCAAGAAGGCCCCUUCGGACCCCAGGUUCUAUAAUUCAAUCCUUCAAUCCUUUUCUUCGGUUUCAACUCUCCAAGAUGCAAUCUUUUUCUUGAACCACAUGGUCAAGACCCACCCCCCUUUUUCCCCUGAUAGGUCUACCUAUCACGUUCUUCUUAUCCAGGCCUGUAAAUCAUCUGAUGAGUCUCUAUCCCCUGUGUACCAGAUACUCAAUUUGAUGAAUACCAAUGGCUUUCCCCCUAAUAUUGUCUCAACAGACAUUUCUGUGCGGGCCCUUUGCAUCUCUGGCCGUGAAGAGCAUGCUAUUGAGCUGGUGAAGGAUCUUUGUAGUAAGAACUCACCUCCUGAUUCACAUACUUAUAAUUUUCUUGUUAGGCAUUUGUGCAAGAAUAGGUCAGUUAGUACUAUGAACGGUUUCGUUAGGGAUAUGAAGGAGGAAUUCAGCAUAAAACCCGAUCUUGUUACUUAUACCAUUAUGAUUGAUAAUGUUUGUAAUAACAAGAAUCUCCGGGAGGCGACCCGGUUGUUGGGAGUGUUGAGUGAGGAAGGGUAUAAGCCUGAUUGCUAUGUUUAUAAUACGAUUAUGAAAGGGUAUUGUAUGUUGAGCACAGGGGGUGAAGUGUUGGAUGUCUAUAAGAAAAUGUUGGAUGAAGGUGUGAAACCUGACCUUGUUACCUAUAAUACAUUGAUUUACGGGUUGUCAAAGUCGGGUCGAGUUCAGCAAGCAAAGAAAUUUUUGAGCGUUAUGGGUGAAAAUGGUCAUUUUCCAGAUGCAGUCACGUAUACUUCGUUGAUGAAUGGGAUGUGUAGGGAGGGGGAUGCCAAGGGAGCAUUGUCUUUGUUGGAGGAGAUGGAAGCAAAGGGAUGUGAACCAAAUUCUUGCACGUAUAAUACAUUGCUUCACGGGCUAUGUAAAGCAAGACUGUUGGAAAAGGGUGUUGAAUUGUAUGCUAUGAUGAAGCAGAGUAGCAUGAAGCUCGAGACCGGGGCUUAUGGGACAUUUGUUAGAUCUCUGUGUAGGAAUGGUAGAGUUGCAGAAGCUUAUGAAGUGUUUGAUUAUGCAGUAGAGAGUAAGAGUUUGACAGAUGUUGCUGCAUACACCACAUUGGAGAGUACUUUGAAGUGGCUCACAAAAGCUCGAGAACAAGGACUUGUCUGAUCUAUAUAUCGGGUAUUUGUUUUCCCUCAAGAGUCUUCAAUGUAAUUUGUUGGUGGCUGUAUUAUGCCUAAUGAAAUAUUCAAUUAAUCUAUCGAAAUUUGAAAGAUCAUUGCUCUGGCA